CUUUUCUCUUACGCCAAAUAUAUAUACUAAUAUACUCCGGGUUAAUGAAAUUGGUAAUGACUAAUGAGGACAAGUAUGAGGGUGCUAAUGAGGUUGGCCGCCGCCGCAAUGGCAGCUGCGUUGGUGGCGGAGAUCGGAUUUUGCACGUCGGCGAGCAAAGCUGGAGUAGCUCUGGCCGGGUGCCCGGAGAAGUGCGGCAAUGUUACGGUGCCGUACCCUUUCGGCGUGGGGCAUAACUGUUCCUUGAACAGAGAUUUUAAACUCACCUGCGACAAAUUACACUCAAAGUUAUUGACUUCCGGCGGAAUCGAAAUCACAGGCAUUGAUUAUGUCAAGGGGCGGUUGGAAAUGCAGAUGCCUGUAUACAGCCUCUGUUUCAACGAAUCCGUAAAACAGGGGAUGGUGGAUUUUCCUGUGGGGAAUGCCGCCUUCGCCAUUUCCCCUAAAGAGAACACGUUCAUCUCCGUCGGCUGCAACGGCUCCGCAUCUUUAAUCGGCCGGACGGACUCCAUUAAUAUCUCAAUUGCGUGCAACAAGGACACCGGAAACUACUGUUCCGAGGUUGGGUGUUGCCAGGUUGAUAUUCCGGUGAUCGGCUGGUUGAGGGAGCUCCAGCUUACUGCCAAUAGCUUGGGGUUCAACAACUGCUGCCAAUCUUUUGUCGCAAAAAAAAAGUGGUAUAAAUACCGCCGGGAGGAUCUCACACAUAGACGUCUGGGGUUUAACUCGACGCCUCUGGUCGUGGACUGGGCUGUGGGCAAUGGGAGUCAAACGUGUGAAAGUGCUGCUGCAGAAGAAGGGUAUCUUUGCAAAUCCCACACAAAGUGCAAAAUAGGGAAAAUCGAGUUCGGGUACCGGUGUAAAUGCAAAGAAGGUUAUACCGGGAAUCCAUACCUCCCUAAUGGUUGCCAGAAUAUAGAGGAAUGCUCCAAUAAAGCAUCACCUGAUUACCGUUGCGAUGCCAAUGCACUUUGCAACGACACUCUUGGCAGCUACACUUGUUCGUGCCCGAAAGGAUACAAAGGCGAUGGGUACAAAAAGGGAACACGUUGUACCCUCAAGCAGGGUGGCAUUAAUACCUUGCUGAUAAUUUGUACAAGUGUGAGUGUUGCCGUCACGUCAUUUCUAGCAGUUAGCUUCUUCAUAUAUUUGGGGUCGAGUAAGAGGAGGCUUAACAAACUCAGAGAGCAAUUCUUCCAUCAAAAUGGUGGCAUGUUGUUAGAGAAACAAAUAGCUGGAAAUGAAGGACCAAGCGAUACAAGAAUGAAAAUCUUCACACUAGAAGAUCUUGAGAAAGCUACCAACAAUUUUGAUGAAAAAACUAUCCUAGGGCAAGGAGGAUAUGGAACAGUUUACAAAGGUGUACUCACUGAUAUUGGAGUGGUUGCUAUAAAAAAAUCCAAGAUUUGUGAGAGAGGUCAAGUUGAACAGUUCAUCAAUGAGGUCGUCGUUCUCUCGCAAAUCAACCAUAGAAAUGUUGUCAAGCUCUUCGGUUGUUGUUUAGAGACAGAAGUUCCAUUACUAGUCUAUGAGUUUAUAACCAAUGGCACUCUCUAUGACCAUCUCCACACACAUGCCCAAUCAUCAAAUCUUUCAUGGGAGGCUCGUCUAAGAGUUGCAUCAGAAUCUGCUGGAGCAUUGUCAUAUCUACACUCAGCUGCUUCUCCUCCAAUCAUUCAUAGAGAUGUAAAGACAGCAAAUAUUCUACUAGAUGAUAGGCUCACCGCAAAAGUUGGCGACUUUGGAGCUUCAAGGCGUGUGCCACUUGACCAUUGUCAAAUCACAACAUUAGUGCAUGGAACAUUUGGAUAUAUAGACCCAGAAUACUUCCACACGGGUCAAUUAACAGAAAAAAGCGAUGUUUAUAGUUUCGGGGUUGUACUAGCAGAGCUAUUAACGGGAGAGAAGGCUAUUUCACCUACCAGGGAAGAAGGGCAUAGGAAUCUAGGGGCUUAUUUUGUUUCUUCUCUGAAAAAUGGUCGGUUGUCUGAAAUGGUGGACAAUCGGAUAAUUAAUGAUGUCAACUUUGAUCAAGUUAUGGAAGUUGCGAAGAUUGCGAGCCGUUGUUUGAAGGUAAAGAGGGAUGAUAGGCCAACUAUGCAAGAAGUGGCAAUGGAGAUAGAGGGAUUGAGAGUUCUUGAGAGACGCCUAAGGGGAGGAUUAGGGGAAAAUGAAACGUCUUCAAAAGAGAUUGAGUAUAUUUCGUCAUUUGCAUCUUCUCACACAAUUAAUAAUGUCAGAGAUUCUUUCACUAGUGGUGGUAAAACGAGUGAAGGAGAAAGCAUGGAGAUGUUAUCUACGUCAUUGAGUUGUGGGAGAUGAUGCUGCUAUGGGGAUCCUAAGAGGAGAAGAGUGCUGGAGUUCCAUGAGCAGGAUGGGUAGGAAGCGGGUGCAAUGGUGAUUAUUGAUGGAGCAAAAAACAUAAAGGAGACGGGUUUAGGUUUCUAGACUUGCCUAGCAUCUGCUUUUAUAACUUUUUUGCUGUUAUUUUAGAAAAUUGCUUUGGUAAAGACAGUAGGUGUUUUUUUUAUGGGUAUGUUUUGCCCAUGGUGACUUGUUUUUGUUUUAGUUGUUGCUUUGAUUUAGAGUCAGGAGAUGAUAAGUGAUAGGCAUGGGAAUCUAGAUCGAUCAUAAUUAGCUUACAAUUGUCCAAAUGGGAAUUAGCGAAUCAAGUGGCUUCUUUUGAGGUGACUGAUUCUAAGUCUGAUCCAAGAGCGUAUGGUCGAGCUAUGGUUUCUGGUCUUUGUAACUUGUCCAUCCGGGUUGGAUGAUACUUUUGGUUUUACUGGUACUUUAAUAUUUUAUAACCUUAGCAAUCA